UUGAGGGGGUCAGCAGUCCUAAACGGUCAUCGCCUUCCCGAUCUAAUGUGCCGUGUGGCAGAAUACGGACACGCGCGACGCAUUCCAUAACGUGAAUGACCACUCAAUGAUAUAUUCGCGUUGUUUUAUGAAACGCCACCACUGGUCACGUGAUCCCUUCGCCAGGCAAAUCAAGUUUUUCUUUUAGAAAAUUGAAAGUGAAAGCAUUUUUGACCAACUGUGUCUUGCAUGCAGGACGAACGUUCAUAGUCGAAGUCGCCAACUUUCACGAUGGGUCUUCUGUUAAAGAUUCUUAUUUACUGUUAUCUCUGCACCGGUGUACAGAGUGUCCAGCAGAUUCAGUGGCUUCCCUGUCAGUUCACCGAUGAACAUGUUUCCAUCAAUCACCUGGGACACACUGAAACCCAGCUCAUUCCCAGAGAGGCCAUGCUGCAGUUUGGUCAAAAAGGAGACGCCCCCGUUAAUCCCCAGGCUAUCACUUUCCUGCUCACCGCAUCCAAGCUGGACCUGCGGCGGCAUGUGGACGGGGUGGAACCAGAAGAGCUGGAGUGCGUGCUGCGCAGAUACAGUACCGAGGGCAUCUACGUCCGAUGGCCGGUCCAAGGAGCCCAAGGGUACAACCACUGGUUCACCUGCACCCUCAAACACAGCGAGGGUCACUUCACCGUCACGAGCUUUCUCAGGCUUCCGUCGGACGGCCCUCCACCAGAAAAGCAGGACUACCACAAAUGGCCUCCAAUCGCUGACAGAGAAACAAUUACUACAUCAGUUGCCAUGGUUAUCAAAACUCACUCUCCAUCGCUGAAAACCAGACUCAGUUCUCAGCAAAAGCUUCACUGCCAAUUUGACAUUGACCACCGAGGACCAGACUACACGGUGGAGUGGCACCGGCAGCGGCGGGGAGAGAGGACCACGCUCUUCAGCCAUAUUGCCCGCUCAGGCCAGACCAAGGGGACCGGCGUGGUCCAGAAGGCUCUCGCAGGAGGGGAUGCAUCUUACACCCUCCCCUUCGUCAAGAUGGCCAGCGAAGGAACCUACAUAUGCUCUGUGUCUGUGACUCCGCUGUCCGGGAGUGUGGACGUUAAUCUGCAGAUUGAAGAACCCCCCCGCGUGUCCCUUAACGUGGAACCCACUCUCUCCCUGCAGGAGGGUGGGGAGCAGAAGAUUGUGUGUGAGGCGGAGAACUACUAUCCUCUGGAUGUGGAGAUAGUCGUGCAUGAGCAGGACCCGGCGGCGUCCGGUCAGCGGGUGGGCGCCCCCCUUCCCAAAGCGCUGACGAAUGUCCUGCUGUCCAGCCACAGGCACAACCAGGACCAGACCUACUCCGUGUCGGCUUUUUUCUACAUCCAGGCCUCGCUCCAGAUGUCGGGACGGCAGUUUACCUGCACCGUCUCUCACAAGUCUCUGAGAGUGCCGGUUCGAAAGAGCUUCAUCCUGAACGUUGAAGAGAGGGUCAGCUGGAUGUUUUACCUCACUGUCGGCUUCAUUGUGCUCUUACUGUUGGUCAUCCUGGCUGUGAUGAUACCCCAACUGCCCCUAGUAGGAAAGAAGACAGUACAGAAGAAGCCAUACUGAGCAGCAGUUCUGGUGUAAGUGGAACACUGAAGUCGUCCCUCAUCCUUUUGUUUUUCUUCAAAAAAUGCUGCACGUUUGAUUUUUUUUGCCUGUUGGUUAGUUGUGAUUUCUGUUAGAUUUGUUUAUUUUAUGUUCAAUUUAAUUUAAAACUGAAUGUCUGAACUUCUUGCAAAAGAACUGUUCAUUUCUGAGAGAAAUGAAGAGCAAUGGCAGCAUAAACCUGUGGUGGUUUGACUGUAAGUGGACUUUCAGUGGGAUACUUUCAUGCAUACUCAUGUGCCUGCACAGGGAAACUGGCACAUGUUCUCUACCAGCAGGUGGAAGUGUUGACCACAGAUUUAGCUUAAACGAGUGGGAAGUAGAAGUAAUUAGCUGACAAAUUGUUGUCUUACAUUGUCAAUUAUGAUUGCAAUUAAAGUUAUGAAUAGGCUUUAUAUGCAAUUCAACAUUUGUCUGAGACCUCAGAUACAAAUUGUUCCCUAAAUGCUGGCAGUCUGGAGCUUUUUUCGUUUACAUGAUUUUUGUGUGUGUGUGAACAACAAGCAGUUCUGGUGAUGGAAUAUGAAAAAAUUGAUUAAAUGUCCUCGAAUGUUUUGUUGCCCUUUUGUCUCUCUGUAUAUGAAAAGCUUUAUGUUUCUCCUGGUGUUCAGAAAGCAAGUAAGAUGUAUCUAUAAAGCACUUCACAAUGAUUAAAAAAAGACCAUAUGACCCUAGAACUUAGUAAGAAGAAGGGUUUUAGUAGUACAGGUGUAGAAGGAAAUUCAAA